AUGGAUAUAUCGGAUAUUAAUAAAGUGGCCAGUAGAAAAAGGAUGAACACUGAUGCAGAAAAACUCAGGGAAAAAGUAUCGCGAGAAACUGCUAAAAUUAUUAAAUUGAAGGUAGCGCAGGACACAGCGUACUGGGACCUGAAGGAGAAGCUACAGCAGCUGGAGGCGAACCACGAGCGUCUACAGCAAAAUAUGGUCGAAGUUCAGAUGCAGCACGAGGCGGUUUCAGGACAGUUUCAGGAAGAACUGCGCUUGCGCCCUGACACCCUUAACAAGUUGAGCGGUACGCGCGACAUUUGCGACGCGCUCGAGGAGUACGGCGAGCGGCUGCGGCGCAGCGUGGCGCGCUGCCGCGGCGACCAGCGGGCCCUCGGCGCCGCGUACGGCGCGUGCGGCGCGCGCGUGCGCCUCCUGGCGGCGCAGGCGGGCCGCGCGCGCGCGCAGCUCGCCGAGCGCCGCCGCGCGCACGUGCAGCUGCUGCUCCGCGCCGACGAGCAGCUGGCCGAGGCGCGCGCUCGCGCCGACCGCCUCCAGGCCCGAGGCGACGAGCUCACCGCGAGCCUGGAGCGCUGCAGAGCGGACUUGACGCGGCGCGAGGAGGCGGAGGCGUCGCUGCGCGAGGACGUGGCGCGUCUGUCGCGCGCGCUGGACGAGCGCGACCAGACCCUGCGCGCCGCGCUCGCCGAGCAUCGCCGGGAGUCGGAGGAGGCGCAAACACGACUCGCUGCGCUGGAGCGUGAAGUGGCGGAGACGCGAAGCGCCGGGGCCGACGCUGCGGCCGCCCUGCAGCGCUGCACGUGCGAGCGAGAGGAAGCCUUAGUCGCCGUUGAACGGAAGAAAGCGGAACUCGCCGAGUUGAGCGAAAAGAAAAGGGAAAUCGAAAAAGUCGUCGAUGACAGGGACCAGGUCGUGAGAUCGCUCCAACUGGAGGUGAGUCGCGCCAGAGAGCAGUCCUCGACAGUGGAGGCUGAAAAGCGAGAGCUGAGGGAGCGACUGAACGAAGCGGAGAGGGAGGGCGCAGCGCAGGCGAGUCGCUUGCAGGAGCUCACGCGUCUCGUGCGAACCCUGGAGGGCGAUUUGAACGAAGCUCGGGAGGCACACGCGACCCAACGCGCCACGGACGCGAGGAAACUCGAGGAGUUGGGCGCCCUAGUGGCGGAGCGCGAGCGCGAGCUGGACGCGAAGACGGGCACCGUGGCGCGGCUCAUGGCCGACCUCAAGGGCGAGGCGCAGGCGCGCUACCGCGCCGACGCCGCCCUGGACGCGGCGCGACACGCGCACGACGCCGAGCGCGACGCGCACCGAGCCGCGCUGCGCGACAAGGACGCCGAGCUGGCGCGCCAGCUGGCGCUCGUCCUCGACCUGCGCGGCGACAAGGCGCGCCUCGAGGACAAGCUCGGCGGCAUGCAGGCCACCAUCGACAACGUGCGCAAGGAGCUCACGGGCCCCGCGCCCCCGGCCCCCGCGCCGCCGGCCCCCGCCGAGCGCGACGAGAGCGCGCCCGCCAAGGCGCCGCGCGACGGCGACGACCUGCUCUAUGGCUUCCUGAGCGACGGCAGCGUGGACAGCGACGUGCUCGACGUGAGUCGCACGCGCAGUUCGAUUGUACGACGAGGUGCCGGUGAAAGUGAUCGUCUCGAGGGGAUCGAUACGGAUAGUAUGCGUACGGCGCGCGAGGUGAGGCGGCGCUUCUCGGCGUUGGCGCGCGGCGCGGAGGGGGGAGCGGCCAUGGUGCGCGGCGCGGAGGGGGGGGCGGCCAUGGUGCGCGGCGCGGAGGGGGGGGCGCCACUGUCGCUGUCGCAGAUCAAGAAAGACUUCAAAAUAAAGAGGCGCACGUUUUUCAAGAGCAAGCGUCUCGAAAACGACUCGCGGAAACUCAAGGAGUAA